AUGGAUAUUCUGGAAGCUUGCCAUGACUCUCCUUUUGGGGGUCAUCGUAGUGGUAACCGAACUGCAGCAAAAGGGAUUGAAUGUGGAACUGCAUUUAAAACGCCUAUUGGGACUUCUCCUUAUAAGCUGGUUUUUGGCAAGGUGUGCCAUCUGCCAGUUGAACUCGAACAUAAAUCCUUGUGGGCUCUAAAGAAGUUGAACAUGGACCGGGAAGAAGCAACCAAGCUUAAGUUGUUUCAGAUGAAUGAAAUGGAUGAAUUCUGGUUCCAUGCCAAUGAAAGUGCAUGUUUGUACAAGGAGAAGAUGAAGUACUAUCAUGAUGUCAAGAUUCUCAAGCGAGACUUUCAAAAGGGUGAUUCUGUUAUGCUAUAUAUCUCAUGGCUAAAGCUCUUCCCAGACAAGUUGGAAUCCAGCUGGUCUGUACCAUUUCAAUUGGUGAGUGUUUCACCCAAUAGCUCGAUGGAAUUGAAAACCAUAGAUGGAACUUGGACAUUUCGAGUUAAUGGCUAG